AUGAAACCAGAGGCCAGUGAAGAACAGAUCGCUUUAGAAGCAGACCGCCUCCGAUCUUUAGAGGCCGACACUCUCCUGAAAGAGCCAGGCCAAUGGGAGCCUUUUGUCAAGCGCAAAGAGUGGACAGAGGCAAUCAGAGGGGGACACUGGUACAUGGCAGAGGGAGCUUUUAAAACAGCAGAAAACAAGGUCAAAGAAAGCAAAAAGGUUCUUAAGAGUGAGAUUGGAAAACAAUUUAAAUACAAAGACUGGAGAAAGUAUGGGGAUAAGAACUCCGGUCUUGGAGAAUUCAUUAAUGCAGAUCAUCAACCGCCAGUCAAUAGCAUAUUGAACGCAAGAAACUUGAACAAGGAUAGUAAGUUAGCUAAAGCUAUGCUUGAGGUGGGAACAAACUCAUCUCCUCUCGAAACCAAUCUUAUUCCUAAUGUAAGAGAAAGACAUGGCCAUGAGCUUCCGACUGUCUUAGUUCCAAAGGAAAUACAUCGGGAAUUUCCAAGUACCAAAUCACAGGCCUUCAGGAACGCUUUAUCUUCAGCCAUAAGCAACGACGAUGCUGUGGGUGCCUUUAAACUGACCAUCCUUGGCGCAAUGCCCAGAUUCAGAUUGAGUGAUAACAAGAGUUUCAAGAAUUUCCAGAAUAACCCAGAAAGUAAAACCAGACUUAAAGUUUUUGAAAAAAGUUUUCAAAAACAUUCCCAAAGCAUGGUACAAGAAUGGUUCAACCAGCUUCAAGGAAAAGGUGUCAUGAGCCAAAAAGAUUUCGACAGCCUUACUAAAUGGAUCGAUGAGCGGGGAUAUGAAAAACAAAACGAUCCACACAGGAACCAAGUCGCCAGUCUCCUAUAA